UUUUUUCUGCUCCCCGUGUUUUACACACACAGCUGAGAGAAAAGGGAGUCAGUCAGAGAAAAAAGCGACCUCAACCCUACCCCAGCACAGGCAGCAGCUCUGGCAACCGCCGUCUCUUUGUUCUGUCCGGGCUUUGACGACCACAAAGUGAUAUUUAGACUUUUUAUUCCUCAAUGCCAUCGCGAAAAUUUACAGAAAUGGACUCAAACGGGGCUGAGUAUAUGGAUCAUUGCGGGUCCUAUGCAAAGAGAAGAAGGCAUGACAGUGAACAGUCUGUCCUGAGUGGCCUGGAGUACACCGACCUGGAGGCGGCUGAAGCGCUGGUGUGCAUGAGCUCUUGGGGCCAGGGCCACUUCCUCGGCAGCAGCAGGCCAAACCCCUGCAAGCCCAGACCCCUGACCCCAGCUUCGGAUUCUUGUGACUCCCUCAUGCCGUCAGAACUUCCCGAGCCCCCUAAGGACUUUGUGUCCCUCUCAUCCCUGUGUAUGACUCCCCCUCAUAGCCCCAGCUUUGUUGAGGCAUCCAGCACAGCGCUCCUGUCAAGAUCUGGCCUGGCCGUUUCCUCACAACACUGUGGUUCCGGCCUCCAUCAGCCUGUCCUGGCACCCAUUGCUGAAAAGACGCCCUCCCUCCCUCCUUUGCCACAGCCCUGCAGAGCUAUGGCGACGAGCGUCAUCCGCCACACCGCAGACAGCACCCCCUGCCAACAACGCAUUCCAGUGGCCCCCAGUCCAAAGAAAACCAGAGACGCAGUAAUGACUGCACCGGUCUGCCAGCAGCAGCAGCAGCGUAUUACAAAGACUGAGCAGAUAACCAGACCUCCAUUUACUCCUGCUCCUUUCACACCCACAUUAUUUGCCUCAAGAACAGAGCACUACGCCAGUCCCUCACAGUGUUUGAACAGUUUCUCCACCCCCACUCCUGUCAAUAUGCAACCGCUAAGCAGCCCGCCCACUCCCUCUGCUCCCCUAGCCCUGUCCCCGCCCUCAAUCCCCAGCCCUCAAAUCAUCUGCCAGAUGUUCCCUGUCACCAGCCAAUCGGGUAUAAUCUCAGCCUUCAUCCCUGGUGCGGUUCAGACAUCCAAUACUGGUAUUCGGACCGCCACCACACCCAUCCUCCCCCAGCCGGCCUCAGCUAACACCGCCCCCGUCCAGCAGUCACUCAUCAUGGGCUCAGCGAUGCCCCAGGGGACGGUGAUGCUGGUACUCCCUCAAUCCUCUAUCUCUCAGGCAACUCACUGCCCUCAGACUGUCAUGACUCUGGGCAACACCAAGCUGCUACCUCUGGCCCCGGCCCCUGUGUAUGUGCCAGCAGGGCCCAGCUGCGGUAUAACAGCAACAAAGAUGGACUUUUCCCGCAGGAGGAACUAUGUCUGCACCUUCCCAGGCUGCAGGAAGACGUACUUUAAGAGCUCACACCUCAAGGCUCACCUAAGAACACACACAGGUGAGAAGCCUUUCAGCUGCAGCUGGGACGGCUGUGAAAAGAGGUUUGCCCGCUCCGAUGAGCUCUCCCGUCACCGGCGGACACACACGGGUGAGAAAAAGUUUGUGUGUCCCGUGUGCGACCGGCGAUUCAUGCGCAGCGAUCACCUCACCAAACACGCCCGCCGCCACAUGACCACAAAGAAAAUGCCCUCCUGGCAGGCUGAUGUCCGGAGCCUGAACAAAAUGGCUGCUGGCAAGGCACCUCCUCCAAAACCCGGCCUUGCCACACUAAGCAUGAUGGUACCUGCAGGCUCAAAGUAGACAAUGAACACUGCCAUCCUACCCACUCCCAAGAUACCACAGGGACACCGGGAGCAGCCAAGCACACAAGGCUGCUGCUAUUUCACUCAUGGGAAUGACAGAAAAACAUGCACUGGACUCUUUUAUUCCUCUCUACUGCUCAUUUGUACAUGUAUUUUUCUUUAAAGGAUUCGUUUGUUUACUUUGAUAUAUUUGAUAAUAUCAAUGCACUCUUGCCAAAGCCUUUGUAUGAAGUUUGUCUUAUACAUUUCACCUUCCACCCCUCCUACAACACUUUCUCUUUGUUUGUGUUGAUACUGAUAUAUAUAUAUAUAUAUAUAUAUAUAUAUAUAUAUAUGUGAUAUUUAUACAUAUAUAUCUAUAUAUAUUUGUCUGGGAAUGUAUUGUUUGUUGUACUAUGAAAAUGCUUAUAUUUGUCAUUUUUGGGAAAACAUGUGAAAAUGAUAUGAAUAUUAACCAUCAGUACUAUGAUUAUUAUACCUUGAUUAUAUCUCCCUGUCUAACUUUUCAUAUUAUUUAAUACAUAUUUGUAAUAAAACAAGAUUAAGUGA